AUGGCGUAUACGGGUUUGUGGAGAGUUCUCGUAGAACAAGGUAAUGUAGAUGAAGCCUUAUUUGUUGCUGAGAAAGGACGAGCUCAAGCUCUGACCGACCUCAUGGAAUCCAGUUUUUGAGGUGGAACAAGUCAGCACAAGGGAGAAGAUGAAGAUAUCGCAGUUUUAAAAAACGUUCCAUCAAACACUGUGUUUCAGGCAGUGGACAAAGCUAACGUCAAUCUUUGGGUUGUGUCCAAAGGAAAACAAGUUCAGUUAAGACAAAGUAAACUCAAAGGUUUUGUUUCAGAGAAUAGUAGAUCUAGCCAGUCCUUUGAGUCGUUCAUGCUCGGUGUCUAUACACAACUUGGUGUUCGUUCUAAUGUGAGAUGCGAGAAUCGAUCUUUGGAUGCUUUGAGGGAGGACCAUUCAAAAGUGGAUGAGAAAACCAAAGAAGCCAACCCUCAAACUGACAUCCAACAAGACGGAUGCUUGAGCAGUUUGUAUGAUAUCGUUAUGAAGCCGGUGGCUGACCUGAUUCAAGGGGAUGAGCUACUCAUUAUUCCUGAUGGACCCCAGUGGAUCGCUCCUUACGCUGCAUUGCAGGAUAGUAAUUCUAAAUACCUGUGUGAAUCGUUCACAAUCCGAGUCGCUCCAUCGUUAACAAGUCUUAGACUCAUUGCCGAUUGCCCAGAUGAUUAUCGCAAAAGCAGUGGUGCGUUACUUGUAGGAGAUCCGUGGGUAUCCGAGGUUACUAACAGCGAGGGAGAGAAACCCCUCGAGCAGCUUCCGUUUGCUAAAGAAGAAGUAGAAAUGAUUGGAAAAAUUCUGAAUAUCACACCAAUCACUGGCAGACAGGCCACGAAACGUGAGGUGUUGAAAAGACUCAGUUCCGUUUCCUUAGUUCACUUUGAUGUCCGGAAACUGGCGAAAUUGCUCUUACACCUGACCUAG